AUGAGUCAUCUUCCAGGAGUAUUGUUCUUCUGGAAAGAUCCGGAAAGACCAAUUGAUAUGAUACUUCUCCAGUCAGAUCAGUCCAAGAGUUUUGAUUUUCUUGACACUCGCGUUUUGUUACCUUCUGAUGCAUCCCCUUCACAAUGUCUAUCCGGAUUAGCUAAGGCCAUAUCGCCGAAAUUACUCUCUACUAUUAAACACGGUUAUGAACACGAUGAACCUCCCUCUCAUGAGCACAUUGCCAAUCGAGAACUUUCAUUUCAUAUGAGUGUCAUUGACAUGACAAUAUUAGCGUCUCCUAUGUACUCUCUUGGUCUGCAAAUAAAUCCUUUUGCUUCGGGUAGAACAACCAUUUACAAGCAAGCAACACACAACUGGGCUUUUCUCUGGGAGAUAUUGUUUGGAGAAUACUUGUUUUAUCAGAACAUUGGCCAUUUCAAAUUGUAUGAAGGAUAG